AAGUGACGGGAUGCUCAGCGAGGGGCGGGGCGUCGCUCCAAUCCGUGUGGUUGCCAGGCGCUGGGUCAAUGUGUGGGAAGUGCUGAAAUUUCAGAGCGUCACAGGGGUACUUCGCCACCACCACAGAUCGCAGUAGCUGCGCUCCUGCCGAUACUGUUAUGUAGCCAGCGGAUGGUUACGAGAAGUUCAUGUCAGAAAAAGAAAGCUGAAGAAAAGUGUCAGAUAUAACGGCGCCGAUCGCUCUCUGUGACCCUGCGGAUCUUUAAGGACUUAGAAGGUUGUCAUCUACUUUAGCCACACUUCAGCGGCUAACAGAGCUAGCUAGUGUUACUCAGACGAGCUAGCCACUAUCGGUCGGGCCAUCAGCGGACACUUUUGGCUCACGUCCGUCGGGGUAAACCCCUUUUAAGACGUAAACAUCAACUAAAUGAUUAUGGAGAGGAAGAGGAUCGAGUGCCCGGCUUUGCCACCGGGCUGGAAGAAAGAAGAGGUGAUCCGGAAGUCGGGACUUAGUGCUGGCAAAAGUGAUGUUUAUUACUACAGCCCCACGGGGAAGAAGUUCCGAAGCAAACCCCAGCUGUCCCGUUACCUCGGCAACACGGUUGACCUGGGAUGCUUUGACUUCCGCACAGGAAAGAUGAUGCCCGGGAAACUGCAGAAAAACAAACAGAGGCUCCGCAGUGAGAACCUAAGCCUGUCCAAGGGGAAGCCUGACCUCAACACUGCACUACCCAUCCGACAGACAGCGUCCAUAUUCAAACAGCCUGUCACCAAAGUGGUCAACCAUCCCAACAACAAAGUCAAAACAGACUUACAAAGAGCAACGGAGCAGCCUCGCCAGCUAUUCUGGGAGAAGCGAUUGAAAGGCUUGAAGUCGUCAGAUGUCACAGAAGAGGUUCUCCGCACCAUGAAGCUUCCGAAGGGUUUACAGAGUGUAGGCCCAGAUUCGUCAGACGAGACGCUCCUGUCAGCCAUAUCCAGUGCUCUGCAUAUGAGCUCGGGGCCCAUCACGGGCCAAACAUCCACUGCCGCAGAGAAGAACCCUGCCAUCUGGCUCAACACCUCACAGCCCCUCUGCAAAGCCUUCAUCGUCACUGACGAUGACAUCAGGGAGCAGGAGCUGAAAGUGUACCAAGCCAGGAGGAGUCUGGAGGAGGCCCUAAUGGCCGACGGACUGGCGCGGGCUGCCGACUCCGUCAGAGACAUCGAGGACAAGGCGGCGUAGAAGCAGCAGCAGGAUGCACUGAACUCAUGCCACACCCCUCUGUCGACCUCAUGGAGAUGAUGUCAUCAGUCUGCACCAGAAGCUGCAGACCCAAGCACAAUUUUCAUGCCCUCUUACAAAUAGCUUCAACCAAGGCCUUUCUUUGUUGUUUAGAGCAUAUAUUUUCUUGUACAUAUCUAUAUAUGAUUCAGAAAAAUGUGUAUUUUGUUUCAGAAAAGAAAUCAUUUAAAUUGAAAUGUUCAUUUUAUACAGGCAGAUAAUGAGCAAUACUUUUGGGACACUGAGUCAGGUUGCAGUGUGCUACAUUUGUAUUGCUAACUUUUUUUGGUGUCGAUGGUUGUAAGGGAUUUGUUCUUUUCAGGGUUUGUAACAACUAAUUAAUGCAUUUACAAACUUAUGAUUGAGAACUUGCUUAUUUAAGAAAAAAUAAUUUUAUACCUUGAAAAAAAUACUUGUACAUUUUGUGCGUUACUAUAGAAUGAAUAAAUGAUUAUAUUCAAUUAA